AUGCCAAGAGAAUUAAGACAGAAUCAGAAAUCGACGUCAGGAACCACACCAAAAGUUGGAGACAUUGUUUUGAUUGAGUUUCCAUCUCUUCAAAAGACUAAAUGGCCAAUGGGGAGAAUUGUGGAAGUCAAGUCGAGAUCGGCUGUGGUGAAGAAUGGUUCAACAAAGAGAAUUGUGGAGUAUCCUUGGAAGUCAUUGUAUCCGUUGGAAACUGCAAUUGCGGAGAAUGAUGGUACCAAACAACCGGAUCUUGUGAACAUUGAGAAGGUCAAAUCGUUUGAAUGCUAUCACUACUUUGACAAUGGUUAUGAUGCUUCUUUUGUUCUGUUCAACUACUACUGCUGUUCACAACACUACUUUGAGAAUAACGUCCACUACUUCUUCGAUUAA